ACUUUCUCACUGUCCGACGGCUGUUGGGAUGUACAGUAUAUGAGCCAAACCAAAGCAUUUUCGCAAUUCUAACAAUUAAACCACGUUUGUAUAAUUGGACGCGUACUGUAGGUCUCGUUUCCUCUUUCAGUGGAAAACGUUUUGUUUCACCAUUCACUGGAUAAACUUAUUUUCGUCAACCUGCAGUUUUUGGAUCAUUCAUCAUUCACCAGUGAGGACCAUUCAAUGGUGAGGAGCGAAACAUUUAAAGGAUCCAUGAGCCCGAAUAGGACGAAAACCCUCGCAUAGAAUAGGUGUAGCUUCCACCCAAGAUGGCCGCCUCCUCCUUCCUGUGGCACUACGCGACUAUCCUGCUGGCGGUGAUGUGCUGCUUCUUGCCCCGCUCCACUUCCUCCCUCAAUCUGGAGGACCCCAAUGUCUGCAGCCACUGGGAGAGCUACUCAGUCACCGUCCAGGAGUCGUACGCCCACCCCUUUGAUCAGAUUUAUUACACCAGCUGCUCCGACAUCCUCAACUGGUUCAAGUGCACGCGGCACAGGGUGAGCUAUCGGACGGCCUACCGCAGAGGAGAGAAAACGAUGUACCGCCGCAAGUCUCAGUGUUGCCCCGGAUUCUACGAGAGCAGGGAGAUGUGUGUCCCCCACUGUGCCGAGAAGUGUGUUCAUGGCCGUUGUGUAGCCCCCAGCACCUGCCAGUGUGAGCCCGGCUGGGGGGGCCCCGACUGCUCCAGUGCGUGUGACAGCAACCACUGGGGUCCCCACUGCAGUAACCGCUGCCAGUGUCAGAACAGUGCACUGUGUAACCCCAUCACGGGCGCCUGUAUCUGCCAGCCCGGGUACAGGGGCUGGCGCUGCGAAGAGGUCUGCGAGGCGGGCACCUAUGGCAACGGGUGCCAACAGAAGUGCCUGUGCCAAAAUGGAGCAGCGUGCCACCACGUGACCGGGGAGUGCAAGUGUUCACCCGGAUACACCGGUGCCUUUUGUGAGGACCUGUGCCCACCAGGGAAGCAUGGACAGCAGUGUGAGGAGAGAUGCCCUUGCCAGAAUGGAGGAGUGUGCCACCAUGUCACUGGAGAGUGCUCCUGUCCCGCUGGAUGGAUGGGUACAGUGUGUGGCCAGCCGUGUCCGGAGGGGCGCUUCGGGAGGAACUGUUCCCAGGAGUGUCAGUGUCACAACGGGGGGAUGUGUGUAUCCUCCAGCGGACAGUGUCUGUGCAGUCCAGGCUACACCGGAGAACGGUGCCAGGAAGAGUGUCCGGUGGGUACUUUUGGCGUGUCCUGUCGCCAGACGUGUCGCUGUGAGAACGGAGCCAAGUGCUACCACAUCAGUGGCGCGUGUCUGUGUGAACCGGGCUACACGGGGGAGAUGUGCGAGGUGCGCCUCUGUCCCGAGGGACACUAUGGCCUCAAGUGUGACAAGAGGUGUCCCUGCCACGCCGAGAACACACGCAGCUGCCACCCGAUGUCUGGCGAGUGCUCGUGCCAGCCUGGCUGGUCGGGGACCUACUGUAAUGAGACGUGUACACCAGGCUUCUUCGGCGAGUCGUGCCAGCAAGUGUGCCAAUGCCAGAAUGGUGCCGACUGCCACAGCGUGACCGGGGAGUGCAUCUGCGCUCCUGGCUUCAAGGGGUCCGACUGUUCCACAGCCUGCCCAUCAGGGACCCACGGGAUCAACUGCUCUGCCACGUGUGGCUGUAAGAACGGGGCACAGUGUUCUUCAGUGGAUGGAGCCUGCUCCUGUAAAGCAGGUUGGCACGGAGUGCACUGUUCCAUCAACUGCCCCAGUGGCACAUGGGGGCUGGGGUGUAACCUCACCUGUAUGUGUGGUAACGGGGGCGCCUGCAACGCCCUCAACGGACAGUGCACCUGUGCCCCUGGCUGGAGAGGUGAGAGGUGUGACCUCCACUGCCAGGAUGGCACCUAUGGCAUGGACUGUAGGGAGCGCUGUGACUGUAGCCAUGCCGACGGGUGCCACCCCUCCACGGGGUACUGUCGCUGCCUGGCUGGAUGGACAGGUAUCCACUGUGACAGUGUGUGUGCCGAGGGCCGCUGGGGGCCAAACUGUUCCCUCCCUUGCAACUGUAAGAACGGGGCCUCCUGUUCUCCUGACGAGGGCACCUGUGAGUGUGCGCCUGGGUUUCGGGGAACCACCUGCCAGCGCAUCUGUUCACCAGGCUACUAUGGCCACCGCUGCAGCCAGGCCUGUCCCCAGUGUGUCCACAGCAUUGGACCUUGCCACCAUGUCUCUGGCCAGUGUGACUGCCUCCCAGGGUUCAAGGGAGCCCUCUGUAACGAAGUGUGCCCCAGUGGUAGGUUUGGGAAGAACUGUGCGUGGGGGUGCACCUGUACCAACAACGGAACCUGUAACCCCAUCGACGGCUCGUGCCAGUGUUACCCCGGCUGGAUUGGAAGCGACUGUUCACAACCUUGUCCCCCUGGUCAGUGGGGGCCCAACUGUAUCCACACAUGUAACUGUCACAACGGGGCCUACUGCAGUGCCUAUGACGGGGAGUGCAAGUGUACCCCGGGCUGGACGGGCCUCUACUGUACACAACGCUGUCCAUUGGGCUUCUAUGGUAAGGACUGUUCCCAGACCUGCCAAUGUAAGAACGGAGCCGACUGUGACCACAUCUCUGGCCAUUGUACCUGCCGGACCGGCUUCAUGGGACGCCACUGUGAGCAAAAAUGCCCCCCUGGUUCCUAUGGUUACGGCUGUCGUCAGGUUUGCGACUGUCUGAACAACUCCACCUGUGACCACAUGACGGGUACUUGCUACUGCAACCCCGGCUGGAAGGGGGUGAGGUGUGACCAAGCUGGGGUGGUGAUCGUGGGAAACUCCAACAGCCUGACUAGCGCUGCAGUGCCUGUGGACUCCUACCAGAUCGGCGUCAUUGCGGGCAUCAUCAUCCUGGUGUUGUUGGUGCUGUUCCUUCUCCUCCUCUUCAUUGUGUACAGGAAGAAGCAGAAGGGCAAGGAGACCACUAUGCCUGCUGUCACCUACACACCCACCAUCCGCGUCGCCGCCGACUACGCCGUCGCCGAUGCAGCGCACCCACAAACGUGUCAGACACCCAGACAUCCCAACAGACAUCCCAACAGCAACUACUUCUCUAACCCCAGUUACCACACUCUGACCCAGUGCACUAGUCCCCCACAUGUCAACAACCUACCCUACGGAAAGGCUAAGAACAACCAGUUGUUUGUGAACCUGAAGAACGUGGACCAGAGGAAGAGGCUUCCCAUAGCGGACCACACUGGAACCCUGCCUGCCGACUGGAAACAGGGGGGCUGCUUUAACGAGCUGGGAGCUUACGGAGUGGACCGACGAUACAUGGGGAAAUCCCUGAGAGACCUGGUGAAGGGAACGCCCUAUCACGCCAGCUCCUGCUCCCUCAACAGCUCAGAGAAUCCCUACGCCACCAUCAAGGACCCACCCCUCCUGAUGCCCAAAGUAGAGUGCGGCUACGUUGAGAUGAAGUCACCCGCACGGCGAGACUCGCCCUAUGCUGAAAUCAACAACACCAGUCCCACAAAUAAGAACGUCUACGAAGUCGAACCCACUGUCAACGCCAUCCACUCACCUGGGAACAGCAACGGUCACGGCCCCUUUGGCCAGGACCCGUACGACCUACCAAAAAACAGCCACAUCCCCUGUCACUAUGAUCUCCUGCCCACCCGGGACAGCCCCCCGUCACCCCACAAGGAACUAGACAGCGAAUGAGCUACCAGAGAAUCCCGCCACUAGGAGUUGGACAAGCGAAUGUGCUUCCAGAGACUCAACAAGGAUCCCACCCCCUCUACCCAUGGCUCAGCUAAUGAAGGCUCCUCAUUUGCUGGCAUACUGUAUGCUCAUUCUCUGCACCAUUGUUUUCUUGCAUUUGUUUUUUUAUUAUCACUAUAAUCAUUCUUAAUCACGUUUUUUUUUCGGAGAGAGGAACUCUUAUGUUGCCUCAAGUGUCACAUUCACCAUUUUCUUUAUCAAUGUAGACAUGACUGUUAUUUGUGAAAAGUUUGGUAUUUUGAGGUGCUUGAGUAAUAUUGAUAUGCAGCUUUUGACAGAUUUUCCUAUAUGAAUUGUUCAAUAAAUAAUUUCAAUCACCGGGGACUCAUCACCUGCCUUUUAAAAUCUAUAGUAUACAAAACAAACCUCAAUGUAUUAUUGUAACGAUGAAAGUGAACUUUAACAGUAUUAGGAAUCCACUAAUUAACCAGUUACCAGUAUUUUAGCCAUUUUUUUCUUUUCUUUCCCCCCCUUUGUUUUUUGUUUAUUAGUACUGUACGAUUGAGCAUUGUUGUUUGUUUGUUUAUUAGUACUGUACGAUUGAGCAUUGUUGUUUGUUGUUUAUUAGUACUGUACGAUUGAGCAUUGUUGUUUGUUGUUUAUUAGUACUGUACGAUUGAGCAUUGUUGUUUGUUUGUUUAUUAGUACUGUACGAUUGAGCAUUGUUGUUUGUUUAUUAGUACUGUACGAUUGAGCAUUGUUGUUUGUUUGUUUAUUAGUACUGUACGAUUGAGCAUUGUUGUUUGUUUGUUUAUUAGUACUGUACGAUUGAGCAUUGUUGUUUGUUGUUUAUUAGUACUGUACGAUUGAGCAUUGUUGUUUGUUUGUUUAUUAGUACUGUACGAUUGAGCAUUGUUGUUUGUUUGUUAGACAAUGUAACUGUUAUUGUUGUUGACAAAUCUUAAUCUUUUUUUAGUCUGACAUCAAUACUAAAGUAACCAAAGGUUUAAGUGCCAUAGUAAGUCAUAGUAAAGCUUUUCUUUUAAGUUCCUUUUGCUCUUUUAGUGGUGGAUUAUGAGCAAAUAGUUGAAUUGUGGCAAGCAUUCAAUCGCACAGUUUGAGGUCUAUUACUAUAAGCAGUUAGAGUUUUGUGUCAGUUACUGUUGUGAGAACAAGUUUAAAUGUAUUGCCAUAAUACUUUCAUGACACUUCAUAAGAAUGACAUAAAGCCUGGAAGGUCAUACAACUGACUGCAGAACACCGUAACAUUCCAUGUCAGCAUUAUGUCAAUUCAAUUGUGAAAAAGAGCGGGGUUUUAUUCCUGGUUAUGAAGGCAUGUUGAAGGAGGACCACUAAAAUAUCUCCAGAUUAUUAAAUAUCUCCAAUAUUAGAUAAUUAGAUAGACUAUGAGUUCAUUGGCAAUUACCUGUGAAAUUGUGUUUAGACUUUUAAUCAAAUUUAGAACAGGAAAACUAUUAAUAUGAUGUACUCUGUUGUUAAAGUAUGUAAUAGUAAUUGAACUUUUAUGCAGUGCAAUUAAAAGGGCUCAGUAUCAUUUAAAAAAAUAAAUAAUAAUAAAUCAUUUGUAGUAAUAAUGCAUAAGCUGGACUUUUGCAUCGCAAUGAAAUGAAAGACCUCAUCAAAAAAACAAUAUAAUGAGACCAAUUCAAGAUUCACAUGAAAUACUGUAUAAGCCUACAUUUCCAGAAAAUACUGUAUAGGCCUAUAUUUCCAUAAAUACUGGAUUUGUUCAACAUUAGAUUUAGAAGUCUUUGUGUAUUCUGCAUGUCUGUUCACGCAUUAUGAAUGGCCUAAAAGACAGCCACAAGUCUUAAACUAUUCUGAGCCAGAUAUGAAAUGUAUUUGUACAAAAAUGAUGUAUAUAGCUGUAAUCACUUGAAAACGAGAAGUGAUGUUUGGUGUUGAUGUAAAAAAAAUAAAUCAACAACACACCAUGC